GGAUCCGAACAGAUGGGUUUUCCCACCUGCAUGAGGCAGCGUCCUAGUUUCAGUUUGAAGCAACUGUUUGCAACAGGUUAACGUUUAAGAGGGAAGAGGCCUUGCAGUUAACACCAUUCUAAGAAGUGAACCUGUCCUUACACAUACUAUAAUAAAAUGGAGUCAGAGAAGCCAUAAGUCAGACACAAUGAGAAAAUUCAUGACAGGCACAGUUUAAGAUGACUCUGAGGCUAGAAACCUGCUGGGAAACCUGGCCAACCAGAAGGAUGCUGUCAACAGGAACAGGAAAAACAGGAGGAGGAGAAGUGGUGUCCACAAUGAUGCACAGUGCUCCAGGGUCUAUCCUGCAAGGCAGAACUCCUUGGUGACUUGUGAAAAUCCUCUUCAGAUGGCUGGGACUGCAAGGCAUGACCGGGAGAUGGCGAUCCAGGCCAAGAGAAGGCUUGCUACAGCCACAGACCCCAUUGAAAGACUUCGGCUCCAGUGCUUAGCCAGGGGGUCAGCUGGUAUCAAGGGCCUUGGCAGAGUAUUUCGGAUCAUGGAUGAUGAUAACAACCGAACCAUCGACUUCAAAGAGUUCGUGAAAGGGUUAAAUGAUUAUGCUGUGGUGAUGGACAAAGAAGAAGCACAGGAACUCUUCAGUCAAUUUGAUAAAGAUGGAAAUGGGAAAAUAGAUUUUAAUGAAUUUCUUCUCACAUUAAGGCCCCCAAUGUCCAGAGCCAGGAAGGAGGUCAUCAUGCAGGCCUUCCGGAAGUUAGACAAGACAGGUGAUGGUGUGAUAACAAUUGAGGAUUUACGUGGGGUGUACAAUGUCAAGCACCAUCCAAAGUACCAGAACGGAGAAUGGACAGAAGAACAGGUUUUCCGAAAAUUUCUGGAUAACUUUGAUUCACCCUAUGACAAGGAUGGAUUGGUCACACCAGAGGAAUUUAUGAACUACUAUGCAGGAGUGAGUGCAUCGAUAGACACCGAUAUCUAUUUCAUCAUCAUGAUGAAAACCGCGUGGAAACUCUAAAUGUUUCCCAAGAGGACUUUUUGGACUAUUAUGCUGGGGUUAGUGCUUCCAUUGACAGUGAUGCCUACUUCAUUCUUAUCAUGAGAAAGAC